UACUAAUACAUGACUUUUUCUUUCCGCUUGUAGAUUUAUUCUAUUCAAAGUUUUAGGUGUUUACAAAAUGAGUACAUUCAAAUAUCAACCUGUUAAGCAAUAUGAAGAAAUUGAUUUUCGAUCUCAUUUUACAUUCAGUGGGGACGAAAAACGGAUUAAAAAUACCUUUAAAACAGAAAGUACUCAAACUUGCUUUGAUUGCAUCUGCACCAGUUUCGUGAAGUUCUUUGUGUUUUUAUUUUUUUUAGUUACUUUUCCAAUUUCUGGAUUCUUUUGUUUGAAAAUUGCUCACCAGUAUGAAAGAAUCAUCAUAUAUCGACUUGGGAGACUCAUUCCAAUUAAAGGUCCCGGUGUUGUGCUGGUGUUGCCAUGUAUUGACCACUGGAAGAAAGUAGACAUGAGAACAAAAGCAUUUAAUGUGCCACCCUCCAAGCUAUGUACAAGUGAUGGCUGCAUCAUCUCCAUUGGAGCCAUUGUUCAUUUCAGUAUUCAGGAUCCUCGCUUAAUGAGUUUGUCUGUUCAAAACAUGAACCAUUCUAUUAGAGAUGCUUCACAAGGCUGCAUGAUGAAUUUGCUCUGCAAGAAAACUUACAACGACAUAAAAACGAAGCGACAAGGUUUGUCAUACGACCUACAAGUCGAUAUCAACCAGUCAGCAAAGGAAUGGGGUUUAGCUGUAAGCAGGGUUGAAUUAUCUGACAUUACUUUAAUUAUGGCUCCACAGAAUAAAACACCAGCAUUCAUGCCAAUGUAUGGAGCCCCACCGCCUCCGGAAACAGGAGAUGCAUUCACAGGUUCGGGAGUGGAUAAUUUCGGGGGUAUUGCUCAAUUUGCAACGCAACUGUUCGCGCAAGUUGCCAAUGCUCAAUCUCAACAAGCAAAUGAUGCGGAACCACCAACCAGUUCAACAAUGGACAACUUGCUUCGUGUUUUAAAAACUGCAGUGAAUGAAGAACUUGUGCAAGAGGUUGAUACACUUUAUCAAUUCAACAUAACCGGUAUACAAGAUGGAAAUUUUUUCGCUGAUUUAAGAACAGGAUCUGGUGUGGUUGGUUUGGGUGUAUGCAGCGAGUCUCCUGAUGUUACUUUUUCCCUAUCUAUGUCUACACUGCAAAAGAUAAUUGCAGGUUCGGUAACUCCAUAUAAUGCUUAUAUAGGUGGCCAGCUUCAUAUGGAUGGGGACACAGACAAAGCCAUGAAACUUGAAAAAGUUGUGAAAGAUAUUAAAAUAUAAACUUAUUUCGGAGUGAAAUAGUGAUUAAAGGUAUUGCAAAUUAUGCUUCACUGUGCACUUUAUAAAUGAGUUGCUUGUUUUUUUACCUGUAUACCUCUAAAACAGAAUUUGGUAAAUUGCUAAAACUCAAAACUAUUGAUGAAUAUUCUAUCACUUUGUUCUUUAAAUGAAUAAAAUGAGUUGUAUAUUUGUUAUUUUUAUAAUGGAAACCGUGGGGGAAAUUUAUAUUUUCAAAUGCAAUUUUGUUGGGUUUUAUCCACUUACUAGUGAUAGUUAUUACUAUUCAUAAUGAAGCAAUUGACAAGUAAAACUUCAAAAAUAAUCUAAAAAUUGUGGUUAUUAAUAUGAUCAUGAAAGGCUAUUUUUUAUUGGCAUAAUAAAUUUGAGAAAUACAACAUUCACUGUUUUCAUUUGUUGCAAAUGGCACUCCUGGCUCUUUGGUGAGCAGUUCUAGCAUCAUACCCAUGUUAGGUGUUGGUUGUUUGUACUAUUGUCAGUAUGUGUCACCUGUUUUAUCAAUAAACACAGAGAAGUCCAACUGCUGUCUUUGUGUGUCCAAAAUAGAGCAAAAGCGGUGACUUUUGCAGUGGUUUCAAAACGAACUUGUUAGGUGUUGUUUGUGUUUUCCUUUUGUGGGAAGGCGAAAAACAGCCUCUAUUUACCUUACCAAACACCUUUUGAAAAAAUAUAUAAAUUUACCCGCAUUAAAAGACUUGUCUUUCACGUAAUAAUGGGUUGGUCUACUCGAUAUUUCUUUGUCUCUGGUCAUUAUUAAACCCAGUGUUUCAGAAAAAAAACCCCGCAUGGAUAGAUAACUGUCAUCCAUCAGUUUCACAUACCAUGUACAGUAACUAAAUAAUGUGCAACUAUAUUGUAAACUUUACUUUAAAAUUAAAUUGAGUCAAAUAUACAAUUGUCUUUUCGGGCACAUUGUAUUGGCUGUUUUACACAUAAUAAUUUAACAGACGUAUAUGUUUGCCAUUAUCACAAUAUAUUCUACUUAUUUCAAAAUAUUUAAAUGAAGCUUUUCAAGAAAUUUAAUAUGUGGUGAGCAUAACAUGAUAAAGACAUUUAAAAACAAUUGUGAAAAUUAGAAUAGCUACAUAUAUGUAGAUUUGUACAAGAUUCCCAGCAAACAGUCA